AUUAGUAUGUCUCCACUCUCCCCGUUCAACUUUCACCUUUCGAACUUAAUGUGUGUUCUGAAUGCUAUCAGUGUAGGGCACACCACUCUGGUUUACUAUUUUCUUAUAUACCACAGAGUACUUUCUGUGGUAACUAACUCAACCACCGUCGCUCGAUCUAUGUGGUCGGACUAGCUACUUUAUCAUCUUUUAUCAAUUACCUUUUCCCUUUGAUUUUACCUUUUCUUAUUUUGUCACGCUCUGUACCUUUUUAGUUCUUUCAUAUUCAUUUUGUUUCAAGUGUCCUUCCUUCGUCAUCUACUUUAUUUUUACGUCCAUGGUUCACUUCAUUACUUGUAUUGUUUUCUGAGUGUGGUAAAAAGGGGAGGAUUAGGUUUGACUUUUUACUAGCUUCGUCAUCAUUUUUCUUUUAAAGUUACUCUUAUUUUAGUAUUCUUAUUCUAUUACUGCAUUACUCAUCAUCCUCCUUACACCUCAAGGCGUAAGCAUUCAUCACACCCGGUACGUUCGCAUUACCACUAUCAAUCAGCAUGCCAUUCUCACAUUUACUUCAAACUAAGAUCGCACACUUUUUCUCACACCACGCAUUCUACACUUUCUAUUCCCAUUUUCGUCUUGUCACGUAUACCCACAAUUCAGUAUGUCGACCGUAGACACCGUUAUUGCCGAACCAACUUACGAGAGCAGAGGCCAGCUAAUCGUUUCUGUCGAGGGGAAUAUUGGAAGCGGGAAAAGCACGUUCCUCUCCUACUGCUCACAGGAUCCAGCGUUCGACGUUUUCAGUGAGCCUGUCGACACUUGGUCUAAUGUCGGUGGGACCAACUUGCUCGAGCAAUUUUACUCGGAUCCUGCGAAGUGGGGAUUCCCAUUUCAAAUGGAAGUAAUGAUUACUUUGCUCGAUCGCUAUCUGCGAAUCUCACCACGUCGUAUCAAGCUAGUUGAGCGGUCACUGUUGAGCGCUCGUCAUUGUUUCCAGCGGUGUAUGCUUGCACAUGGUCAUUUGGAUUCCGUUUCAUCUGCGAUCCUGAACCAAUUCCAUGAUACUGUCCGUGAUCAGUGGAGAGCAAUUCCUCAGAUAAUAGUUUAUCUGUCUGCUUCUCCAGCUGUUUCAUACAGUCGCUUGCUUUCACGUGCUCGGUCAGAGGAGAGUGGAGUGACCCUUGAGUACUUGUCCGAGCUGGAUCAAUAUCACGACGAAUGGUUAAGUGGUCUACAGGCUCGCAACAUGGCUGAAGAGGAGGAUCUUCCGGUACUAUUUUUCUUGUCUGAUUUUCCUUACCUUGGUAACGCAUCAAUGUUAUUUCACAUUCACAGAUCCUUACCAUCAAUGCUGACCGUCCUUUUAACGAGGUGGUGAAGGACUAUGACAGGGUCAUGAAAGAAUUGAAAUUCUUGUACGAUUGCUAGUCAGUCGUACUUCAUCGCAUCUCCUCGCUUGUUUGGGCUCAAGUCAAAACCAGCCAUUUCAGUUAUUUUACUUCAUUUUGUUCUUAUAUCAUUCGUUAGUUUUGCGUACUUGCGCUCAGUUUCCGUUUGUUUAAAUAUAUCAUUCCUCGCCGUGCUCUCUUCUUUUAUUGUUAUUACUGGGUAAGGUCUUUUCAUCAUUGAUAAUCUAGUUCACUUGGCAUUUUGUCAUUUGCUGUGUUCAUUUCUAUUCGUUGUCAGCCGUACUUUAAUGUGCUUUGGAUUUUACUUGAACUUUGUUAAAUUAUCAUUUCUUCCGUUCAUACACAGUUGUACUUCCUAGACUUUCACGCAGUUGUUCGUGGACAUACGUUUCUGUCAAGAAUGUCUGAGGUAUUUACACGUUCAUCAGUGAUUUCAACUUAGUUCAAUUCUAUUAUCUGUAUAUUCGUCAUAGCAUAC